AUGGCUGACGCUCUCAAGGCCGAGGGCAACAAGGCCUUCUCUGCUAAGGACUACCCUACUGCUAUCUCAAAAUUCUCCGAGGCUCUUGCCAUCGAGCCCCAAAACCACAUCCUUUUCUCCAACCGCUCCGCUGUCUACGCCGCCCAGAGUGAAUACCAGAAAGCCCUCGAGGAUGCCGAGAAGGCUAUUGAGAUCAAGCCCGACUGGUCCAAGGGUCACGCCCGUAAGGGUGCCGCCUACCGUGGUCUCGGCGAUCUUUUGGCCGCUUUCGACGCUUACGACGAGGCUCUGAAGAUUGAGCCCGGCAACGCUCAGGCCAAGUCUGGUCUGGAGGCCACCCAGCGCGCCAUCAACGCUGAGGCCAACGCUGACGGUGUCACUGGUGACCCCACCGGUGGUCUCGGCGGCAUGUUCAACGACCCAGCUUUGUUCCAAAAGCUCGCCAACAACCCCAAGACCGCUUCCCUCCUCGGUGAUGCGGAGUUCAUGGCCAAGCUGCAGAAGAUCCAGCAGAACCCCAACAGUGUUGGAGAGGAGAUCCGCGACCCCCGCUUCCUCCAGGUCAUGAGCGUGCUUCUCGGUAUCGAUAUGAACUUCGGCGGUGAGGGUGCCGAGCCCCCAGUCCCCGAGUCCAAGCCCAGCGCUUCGCAGCCCAAGAAGGCACCCACACCCGAGCCCGAGCCCGUGGACGAGGAGGCCAUCGCCAAGAAGCAGGCCCAGGAGGCGGGUGACGCCGAGAAGAAGAUCGGUAACGACUUCUACAAGAAGAAGCAGCUCGACGAGGCCAUCGAGCACUACUCCAAGGCCUGGGAGCUCAACAAGGACAUCACCUACCUGAACAACAUUGGAGCUGCCAAGUUCGAGAAGGGUGACUACCAGGGCACCAUCGAGACCUGCACCAAGGCCAUCGAGGAGGGCCGCGACCUGCGCGCUGACUUCAAGUUGAUGGCCAAGGCCUACACUCGUAUCGGCACAGCCUACGAGAAGCUCAACGACCUGACCCAGGCCAUUGAGUUCUACAACAAGUCUCUCAUGGAGCACCGUACCCCCGACGCCCUUACCAAGCUUCGCAACGCCGAGAAGACCAAGAGCACCGCCGAGAAGAACGCCUACAUGGACCCCGCCGAGGCCGAGAAGGCCCGUGAGCUCGGCCAGCAGAAGUUCCAGGAGGGUGACUGGCCCGCUGCCGUUGACGCCUUCACCGAGAUGACCAAGCGCGCCCCCACCGACCCCCGCGGCUACUCCAACCGUGCCGCCGCCCUCAUCAAGCUGAUGGCCUUCCCCGGCGCCGUGCAAGACUGCGACGAAGCCCUCAAGCUCGACCCCAAGUUCAUCCGCGCCUACAUGCGCAAGGGUACCGCCCUCAUCGCCAUGAAGGAGUACAACCGUGCUCUGGACACCUUCACCGAGGCCGCUGACCACGAUGACGGCAAGCACGCCCGUGAGAUCGAGCAGCAACAGCAGAAGUGUCUGGAUGCUCAGUUCAGUGCCCGCGCCGGUGAGACCGAGGAGCAGACCAUGGCCCGUAUCCAGAACGACCCCGAGAUCAUGUCCGUUCUUCAGGACCCCGUUAUGCAGAGCAUUCUCCAGCAGGCCAAGAGUGACCCCGCUGCCCUGCAGGAACACAUGAAGAACUCACAGGUGCGGAUGAAGAUCCAGAAGCUGAUGGCUGCUGGUGUCAUUCGCAUGGGGAGGUAA